CUAGGUCUAUGAACAACAUUAUACCACAAGUGAUAGAUCACAAUGGAAAGGAUUCGGAAAUGAGCCUUGCUCUCAUUUUGUGGUUUACUGCCGCGGAGCUCAGCUGUCGACCGGUAGCGCGCUUGAAACCACGGAUACACUCACAUUUGAGACCGAAUGAGGCAGAUCAUUUGGAUGGAUAUUUUCAAAGUGAGUUUCUGUUUUUUGCUUCAUUAGUCUUUCUGUUAUGCCAGCACAGGCUUAAAACAUGAACAGUGUGGAAAAGGUCUGAGCCUUAUCGAAAUUCAAGAUGAGUAAAGGUCCUCGGAUCGGCCUAAAAGUGGCUUUUCUCCUUCUCUUUGUGGUGGUAGUAACACUAGGGAUAGUAGUCCUGGUGCUGAGUAUCCUCUUGGGGGAAAGACUCAUGCCCAAGGCCGACAAAAAUCCAAUCUGCCUUACAUCCCACUGCCUCAGGAUUGCCUCAAGGCUAAAGAGAAACAUGAACGAGUCCGUGAAGCCGUGCGAAAAUUUCUAUGACUUUUCGUGCGGCGGUUACAGACAGGACGCAGACAUUCCCAUUGAACUUCCAGACAUAAUCGCCUCAAUAGGAUACUGGAGAAAAGAGAAGGCCAGGCAGCUGUUGGAGUUACCAAUCAGAAGGGACAUCACAACAUCGGCUGAGAGAAAGCUCAAGGAUUUUUAUCAUUCCUGUCUUAAAGAUGAUUUAUCGGAUACUGAGCGGAUGGCGGCAACGCGGCGGUUACUUAGCAAGCUGGGAGGCUGGAGGAAGCCAAUAAAUCGAAUAGAUUUAGGAGACUGGUCACCGGGUGGUUGGGACUUCUACAAUUCGAUGCUUGUCGCCUACCGAGAUCUACAAAUAUCCCCUUUCUUCAGAAUGUACGUCGAAGCUGAAAACAGCAAUGGAACCACCAGAGCGUAUUUGACGAUUGAGGGGUUGGACCCAUUCGAAUGUCAACCAACAACUGACAGAUCGAGGCAGUUUUCCCGCAAGUUGGCCGAGGCGUUCAACCCACGAGAUGAUCCGUCAACGUUCGUCAAUGGGGUGACGGAAGUCUAUGAUAAAGUUUGCAAGUCGACUGAUGAAUGGAGGGACCCCAUCCUGACCACGAUUACGGUGAAAGAAUUUGCAUUGCGCUUUCCACGUUCUAUACCUUGGACCAGACUGUUCAAAGAUAUUUUCAAAUUAGAUGAGGAUGCGAUUAUCAGAUAUAACGAUGCUGACUCGGAUAGGCUGAGGAAUCUGGAUGGUAUCGCCGGGAUGAACAAGCGGUCAUUACGUGACUACAUGGCUAUCCGAUUUUUGGUGAAGUAUAUGUCUGCCAUGCCAAAACCUUUGCAAGACAUUUUCAUGGACUAUAGCGGCGGAGAAUGGAACAAGGAGGAGAGAACGUGGGACGCCUGCCUAGAGUUACGUCACAACAAAAUUUUCUCGCUAGCGCUCCUAGCGGAAUUAGACAGAAUCAACAAAUAUCCUACAACCAAUGAUAAAAAGUUACACGUGAUUGUGAAGAAUGUUCGACGAGCAGUUUUGGAGCGCACGGGCACGUUGGAUUGGUUACCAGAAGAUAUGAGGAACGACGCAACUCGCAUGGUUGAAAAUAAGCUUGUUCUAAUGGCAGGACCGCCUUGGAUAUUAGUUGAGAGGAAAUUGGAUGAAUUCUACGACAAGCUUACGGUUUUUCGUAACCGGACCUACCUUGAAAACAUCGUGAAUGUGAACGCCUUCUCCGGCCGGAUGUCUGUGGAGAGACUUUCUCGCCAUUCAGGUCUCGAUUACUUUAUAUACACGUGGUACGAUGAUUGGACAAUUGACAAGAACGUGGAGGCCAUAUUCGCCAGCGCUGAGAGCCUCCUUGGUACUGGGGCCAUAGGUAAGGGCGACGUGAGGAUGGACGAAAUAUCCCCAUUUCAAACCUGGGUCCGGUUGCACAAAGCAAUAUUUGCCACCCUGCUACAGGACCCAUUCUACAGCCACGAUUCCCCCGGCUAUCUCAACUAUGGUGGCGUGGGCUUUGUCGUCGGUCACGAAUUUGGGCAUGACUUCGAAUUCAGGCGAAUGAUCGCCAAGCGGUCAAGGGUGGAACCCCUCCAUAGCCGACUGUCCUGUAUGAAGAGAGCGUACAGAAGUGUUCAAUACAAAGGUUUAAAGGUUUUAAACAAAACUGUUGAAGAGAUGUCUGGGCAAAUGACAGCGGAUAUUUCAGGCCUGAAGUGGGCGUAUCAGGCAUAUCUUCAGAAUGUAGCCGUACAUUCGCCAGCAGAGAAACGGCUCCCUGGACUAGACUACACGCAAUCACAACUCUUCUUCAUCAACGCCGUUCAGGGAAUGUGUUCACGGUCUUAUACCAAACUCCGCUCAAAGAAUUUAGACUUCAGCGUCGCAAGGGUGCUUGGCCUCGUAUCGCAGGUGUCACAGAUAGGCGACGUCUUCAAAUGUCCCUACGAUUCUCCCUUACGGAGCCACAAUGAUUGCGAUAUAUGGUGACAAGAAAAAGCGAAGUUAAAAGUUGGUAAAGCAACGUAAUGACAUCAAGCCAAUCUGCCUACAAGUUACGACAUUUAUGUAGACGAUAUAUAUUUGAAAUAUUGUUGAAAUUGUGACUUUCGAUAUCGAAAUUAACAAGGUGGAGAUUUAUAGCAUUGGAAAAAGCAGGAUCGGGGAUCAUUAUAAAAGAUUUCUAAAUCUACACUGCAUAGUAUUGUCGGCUAUUGUGUUGGUUUGAUAGACGCCAUGUCGUCCUAAGCUAGCUGGAGACUUCUGCUAUGGGGGUAAGCACUUGUCAGUGCCGGUGUAAAAGUAAAAAGUGUCCCCCCUGGAAAAAGUGUCCGGCCCUAUUGUAUUCUGCAAUAUGGUUCUAUAGAGACCCUGACAGUCAAUAGCUCAGAGAUUGAAGCGCAUAAUUGAAUCCUUUGUUCCCGGACAUUUUAUCCUAGGACAUUUUAAACUUCUACACCGGGUUGCGUUUUCUCGCGGUAUAUACAAAGGCAAAUGAAUUUACACACAUUUUGACAAUACCAAUUUUAUGUCAUCCGCAUAUCAUCAAAACAACAUAAUUCGACAUGGUGGUUUUUUGUCUCUCAAAUAAAACAUCAAAUUCUAACACAAAUUUUAGAAUGGUAAAUUUUAUGAGUUAGAUAUUUCCAUGUUGUCUUUCGUUGUACGCGCUCCAUCAGAUGUUCGCAAAAUGUACUAGCUCACAAAAUCAUGAUACACAUUAAAUAACAUCAAGACUAUUUUUCUGAAAUAAUGGUUUUAACCGUUGAAUAUUUUUCCAUAUUCGACGGCCAGGAAUCCAAUAUUCACUUAAUAUUCAACGGCCACGUGACGCGAAUGACGCGACGUGAUUGGCUUACAUACUAAUGAGGUGUGAUAAUAAACAAAUAGUGGAUGUUUGGGAGUCCGAUAUGGAAUUUUGAUGGACGAAGAAAUGUCAUGGCGGACGAGGCUUUGCGAGUCGACAUUUAUGAGUCCAGCAAAAUUCCAUAUUGGACGACCUUAAACAUCCACUAUUUGCUAUAUUAUGCAACCAAAUGUCUUGACAAAGAAAUCAAUCCAAAGGCAAAUAAUGAAACAAUUUGUUUUUAAUGAAAUAUACAUCCAAGAUCAUUUGUAAACUUCAUUUUGAUUGGAUUAAAACCUUUUAGGAUCCGUUACGACAUUUUUUUGGAUCCGUUAUUGCUUUUUUGGAUCCGAUACGAUGUGAUGACUUGAAAUCACAUGAUGUGAAUCGAGUUACGCUAUUGGCCAAGAACAUUUGGUAGCAUAAUAUAAAGUUAUAUCAUAUGAUAUCACAUUGAGCGCGCAAAAGUGACUUCAAUAAUUAAAAAAAUGUCUGUUUUUCGCCCCACCCCGCUCUGCUUGCUUGAUGAUUUUUGUGCACGUUUUCGGAAGCUUCGAGUUUCAUGGCUGAGCAGCGCUAUGUUGACAUUGAUGGAAGACAAGAUUAGAAUGGCAGAUUUUAAAGUUUAUCGUGGUGGUUGUGGAAGUCAGCCCAUCAACACAAUGCACUGGUUGGUCGAGGCAAAACACCGACAUCUGUUGACCAAUAAGCGAAAACAAGAAACCCAUUGAAUGAAUAGUGCGCUCAGAGUGAUAUCACAUGAAUUGAACAUUAUGUCAGCAACAUGAUUCCAGGAUCCAAGAAGAUUCUGAAAGACAGUUUCGAUGGCAUUAUGUUUUUUUACAAGUAAAAUAACGAUUUUCGUCAAAUCAGACAUGAGUGUGCUAAUUAUGAUGCUUGUUGUAAAUAGCUCGUUCAUUUGUGUAAUGGUUUCAGUUCUUUUUUUUGUAUAACUUCAUUGUAAAUGUAUAUACUAAUUACACUGUAAAUAAUAACAACUAUUGAAAUAUAAUAACAAUGGUAUCUGUGACAUCUACA